AUGAACCCUCACCAGGCGAAGAAGAUCGACGUCAAGUCUCUCUCCCCGGAGGAGCAGCGGCUCUUCCGGUUGUACGGCAAGCUGCCCACCCGGAGCGACCAUUUCGCCAAGCACCUCAAGGAGCGCAAGUAUUUCGACAGCGGCGACUAUGCCAUGAGCAAGGCGGGCAAGGGCGACAGCGUCGACACGGGCGCCGUGGGCAGCCAGCAUCCGCUGCCCGAGAACAUCCCGCACCUGUCGACCCCCGUCAGUGGGCCCAACGGCAUCGGAAGUCUGCUGCACCCUCACAUCCACCACCAGCACCACCCGCACAUGCAGGCCGGCAGCCCCGUCAAGGAGAGCAGCUUCCUGCACCGCGAAACGAGCGCCGAGGACGUCGAGGCUGCCGCUGAAGAAAAGAAGGAGCAACAGCAACAGCAACAGCAGCCGGCAGAUCCGCAACAGGAUCUCCCCAUCCGAGGGUGA